AUGAUGUUCACCAAACGUCUACUCAGAGACUGUUCAGCGCUACGAAAAAAUUGCUUGUUUGUCAAAUCUAAUGCUUGCUGGUGGGAUAAUAAGAAAGAUAAUAAGAAGAUUCACAACUUACCGAGGAAUUCCAAUCUACAAAAUAAAACUUAUUUUCAGUUCCCUUUAUGCGUUGUGACUGGAAGACCGAUGCUGGCCUACCGGUUUUGGUUGUGUUCAACUUGCAAACAGAACGCUUAUGAAGAAGAAAUCAGCAGUUGCACAUUUUGUCCACUGUGUCAUAGUGACUUAACAUGA